UAUGAUUUUGAUUUCAUAUACCUACUCGAGGUGUGAUGUGAGAGCGCGAUUUUAUUUCUUGGGAUUCUUGAUAGUAUUUGCGAUGAGGUAGCACCGAUUCAUAAAUAAAAUAAUAUUAUAAUAUUAUGCCUUAAUUUGUGUGUGAUUAAAAGUUUUUCGGGAAUGCCAAACAUGAAUAAUGCCUCCGUCACCAAUGAAGAAUAUGAAGUUAUCGGGGAAGCGCAUUGGCAGGUAUUGGAAGGGUCAGCCGAUGAUCAAUCCAUAAGGAUCUACGGCUACAAAUAUUCCAGGCUUCGCUCAACAAUAUUCCACACAAUAUGCGUAUCGCUCUGCGGCCUCCCGUACUUCGCUCUGGCCUACCACCCGGCAUACAAUCGCUACAAAUAUAUCAAAUGUAGCCUAAAAAAUGCGGAAGAAAUUUGUGUAAUAGACAGUGAGGGCGCAUUUACAAUCGAAAAGGUUGAGAAGGUCGAUCUUAAUAUAUCAAGCCUCAGGGAUAACUCACUUCGGUAUUUUAUCUACCAACACAGUCGCUACAUCUGGCUGACCGAUCAAGGAGCAUUUAUCAAUGUGCAGGCACUUAACGAAAAACUUACUAUCAAUAUACUGAUGGAAAAUAUGUCCGGACUGAAUAAAAGACAACAAAAUGAGCUUAUAAAAUUGUACGGGCCGAAUUCGGUGGAAGUGGAAGUCAAGAAGUACUGGACGAUAUUCCGCAACGAAGUGUUCAACCCGUUCUACUUGUUCCAAAUCUUCUCGAUCAUUCUAUGGUCGUUGGAUGAGUACUAUCAGUAUGCGACCUGCGUUUUCAUACUUUCCGCUGUGUCGUGCAUGAUGGCGCUAUACCAAACGAAACAGAUGAGCAUAAAGAUCCACAACAUGGCGGGCUCUACAUGCUCGUUUACCGUGACGGUACUACGACCGUCACGCAGCGGGCGUGAAGAGUGCGUCGUGAACGCAAGCAGAUUGGUUCCCGGCGAUGUACUAGUGUUGCCAGCUGAUGGAUGCGUGAUGCCGUGUGAUGCUAUGCUGCUCACCGGCUCUUGUAUUGUCAACGAGAGCAUGCUUACUGGUGAAAGUGUUCCUGUAAUGAAAGGGCCUCCGUGCCCUUCGGCUGAAGUGUACUCAACGGAAAACCAUAAGCGACAUACACUCUUUGCUGGAACACAUGUAAUCCAAACAAGAUUCUAUGGCAAUAAUCAGGUACUGGCUAAAGUGGUCCGAACAGGAUUCUACACCGCAAAAGGCGAACUGAUUAAGAGCAUUCUGUUUCCGAAACAAUUCGACUUCCAAUUCUACAAGGACGCCGUGAAAUUCGUUAUUUUUAUGUUCUGUAUCGCCGCUGUCGGAAUGGCGUAUUCGAUCUGGCUUUAUGUUCAAAGAGGCAGUUCACUAGGCACAAUAAUUCUUCGCACAUUGGAUAUCAUUACCAUAGUGGUUCCGCCCGCGUUGCCGGCCGCCAUGACAGCGGGUAUAGUGUACAGUCAGCAACGGUUGAAGAAAAAUAGAAUAUUUUGUGUGUCACCACCGAAAAUUAUCAUCUGUGGAAAGUUGCAAGUGAUGUGCUUUGAUAAGACGGGAACCUUAACAGAGGACGGUCUAGACCUCUACGCGGUCAUACCAUGCAUCCAAGACGAGAGUUUCGGCCGCUGUGUGGACGAUAUCAACAACCUGCCAGUAAAGAGUCCGCUAGUACAAGCGCUAGCCGCUUGCCACUCGCUUACCAGUAUAUUGGGCCAGUUGAAGGGGGAUCCAUUGGAUUUGAAGAUGUUCGAGUUUACGCAAUGGGUUCUAGAAGAGCCUGGUCCAGAGAAUACUCGCUACGACAACCUGACUCCUGCCAUUGUAAAACCGCCCACCACUAGUGAAGAUUUACAAAACUUGGAGAACUAUGAUCCUCUAACUAUGGAGAUGCCCUAUGAGAUUGGUUUACUGCGUAGAUUCCACUUUUCUUCGUCGCAACAAUCAAUGGGCGUCAUCGCAAGAGUGUUGGGUCAACCAUCUAUGGUUUAUUACGUUAAGGGUGCCCCUGAGAAGAUUGCAGGAAUGUGCGAUCCGAUGUCGCUUCCAGACAACUUUAGUAGCACGCUCAACGAAUACACGUCAAAUGGAUUCAGAGUCAUCGGCCUUGCGUACAAGAAGUUGGAUCGUAAAAUGAAAUGGAUGGACGCACAAAGAAUUAAAAGGGAGAUGAUCGAAUAUGGGAUGACGUUUUUGGGCUUUCUAGUCAUGCAAAAUAGCCUGAAACCGGAGACCACGCACGUGAUCAAGGAGUUGCAUGAGGCUAAUAUGCGGCAGAUUAUGGUUACUGGUGACAACAUUAUGACAGCAAUGUCAGUAGCGCGGGGCUGUUUCAUGGUGCAGCCACAGCAAAAAGUGGUGUUGGUAACACUGGGCCUGCCACAGACCAGUGAGCAAAGACCGCCACUUGUUAUGGAGGUCGUUGGUGAAGGCGGUCCACCGAAACUAGCCAUAGACGAUUAUGUCAUCGCUAUGGAGGGAAAGACUUGGGCAGGAGUCAGAGUGCACUAUCCCGAAUUCAUGCCUACUGUCAUGAGUAAAGGUAUGAUAUUCGGCCGUUUCGGGCCAGAUCAGAAGACGCAGUUAAUAACAGCGCUACAAGGCGAAGGUCUCAUAGUGGGAAUGUGCGGUGAUGGAGCCAACGACUGUGGAGCGCUUAAAGCGGCACAUGUUGGUAUUUCACUGUCGGAAGCUGAUGCAUCAGUGGCCGCACCGUUCACGUCUCAAGAGCAGAACAUUCGAUGCGUGAAGCUAUUAGCUCUGGAAGGCAGAUGCGCUCUCAGCACUUCGUUCGCCAUCUUCAAAUACAUGGCUCUCUAUUCACUUAUACAAUUCUUCUCUAUUCUUAUUCUUUAUAAUUUCUACUCGAUCCUCGGCAACAACCAGUUCCUGUACAUCGACCUGGUGCUGACGACGCUGCUGGCGCUGUCGCUGGGGCGCGCGCGGCCCGGGCCCGCCCUCACGCGCCAGUCGCCGCCCGUGUCGCUGGUGGCGCCCGCCAGCCUGCUGCCGCUGCUGCUGCAGGUGGCGCUCGUGCUGCUCGUGCAGCUCGGCGCCACGCUGCUGCUGUUCGCUCAGCCCUGGUUCAAAUCUGUUGAGGGUGGUCCAGAUGUGGAGCAAGUGAAGUGCUGGGAGAAUUCUGUGAUCUUCAUUGUGACGUCAUUCCAAUAUUUGAUCAUGGCAUGCGUGUACGCUAAGGGAUGGCCGUUCAGAGAGCCGUUCUGCUCUAAUAUUUACAUGGUGAUAACGCUUGCAACACAAGCAGUAUUCGUUAUCUUACUCUUGUUCUGUCCUUGGAAGAGCCUCGCUGAAUACAUGGAGAUUGAAGAGAUGAAACAGUCUGAAGUUGAACAAAACUACUUUAGAAUUUACUUACUAAUUAUACCAGUCAUACAUUUGCUGCUGGCUGUGGGUGUUGAAGCGACAUUCUCCGACCCGCAACUAUUCAGCAAUCUAUACCGCUCACUGCGUAACCUUCUCAGCGACAAAAAAGAGGAAACAUCAGCAGACGCCGAGUGCCCGCUGUGGCCUCCACACUCGCCCGCACACGUGUGCUGACAUACACACGUGACACACCUUUUAUAUACAUAUUUUAGUCGUUUAGCUAUGGAAUAUAAGUGAGAACGGUCGUUGGAUGAAUGUUUUGUGUAAAAAAUUAAUUUAACAGUUAUACGAAGAUGGAAAACGACUUGAAAAUUAUACGAUACUUAAAAUAUGGCUGUUUUGUAUUGCCGUUUAGUGAUUUGUCCACGAUAUUCAUUUUAUGAAUACCGUUGCAUUGGAUUCGACAACGGCUAUACUUACACAAUUACACACCUUUUAUACAUAUUUUAGUCGUAUAGCUAUGGAGUAUAAGUGAAAAUGGUCGUUGGUUAAUGAACGUUUAGUGUAUAGCGCCCGGUAAACUUCUUGGAUAAAAAGUGGCGUAGUAGGGAAUUUUUAUAUGCACAAGUUUCCCCCACUACGCUUAUGAAAGUCUUAUGGCCUCUCUUCACAAUGGGCAGCGUUGGCCCAACAAAGGAUCGUCGAUGUUUGCCGCUAUUACGUCGAUUAUUAAUAACUAUUUCUCUAUACUAUCGUGAUUGCCUCUACUCGCCCAAUGCUGCCCAUUGUGAAGAGGGCCCAUUAAAAUAUGCCUGUUUGGUAAGUGCUGUUAUGUGAUUUGUCCAUGAUGUUUAUUUUAUGAAUAGCGUGUGCAAUGAAUUCGAUAAUUUUGCCGCUGUCUAAAGUGAUGUUAUUCUUUUAAUUAUUUUCUUUCACGGCUUUGUAACUGGAAAUUGUUUUUAAAUUUGUUUGAAUCAGGUGUAAUUUUAUUUUCGUACUUUAUGUAGUUCAGUCAACAUAUUUGUUGUAAAACGUGUUUCAUUUUAACUCCUUUUAAUAUAUUAUAAUCUUCUUAAAAAUGAUUAACUUUCGUGAUCAAUUUUAAAGUCAUAUUUUUUAUUCUCAUUUAUCUUGUUAAAAUCAAUUAAGAACCUUAAACUACAUUUGUACUUAUAUUUUCAGUAGUGCAAUUAUAAUUAUGGAAACACUUGUCCAUUCAAGAAAAAAAGGAAAUGAUUUUGUACAUUUAUGUUUAUUGCAACUCUAUUGCUUGUAUUGGUGAAUAUACCAAAUUAUUUAAUUUUUUAGUUCAAUAGUACAGGCGGUUCUACCGUGAUUUCCUAUUCUAGUGAUUUUGAUUACCUUUUCAGAUUUUUUUUUAAAUAUAUUAAAACCUAAAACUUAUAUGUAAAUAAAUUAGAAUAGAUUUAUAUACAAACAUGUAUAUUUAUUUGUAAAUAUUCAUUUGCUUAGCAUUUACACCAGUACUUUAUUUGUGGUACUUAUUGUGAUUCCGACUAUGUUUUAAAUCUAUCUCUCAAUUCUCAAACCGCGGCAUGUCGGCGGUCCUUCUAUGAAAAUGUAUAAUGUAAGAUUAACGUUUAGGUUAAAGAAAGCAAAUGCCAAAAUUUUGAAGUAUUUACAUGAAAUCAAAUUGUUUCAACCAUUUAUUGAAAUACUUCGACGUUAUAUUUUAUCAUACUACUUUGGAUACUAUUAAUCCUUGAUACUUAUCAAAUCAUGACGUGUAGAACACGUCGGAUAACUUAAAUCCAUUUACUUAAUUAUACACUAUAAUACAUAAUAAUAUUUUGCAAAAUUGGUUGGCGAAGUUAGUGAGAUACUUUUUAAAAGCGUUUCACUUUAACUACGUGAAAUCUUUUUCAGUAUUUUUAUGUUCACCGUUUGCUUUGAAUAUCAUACACUAUUGAGUCCGUGAUAGCUAUUUUAGUUUGUUUCGAAUAUGCGAUAUGGCAUUAGAUAAUGUAGUAUUAUUUAAGGCUAUGCUUCAUUCCUAAUAAUCUAGUACUUAGUUUUUAUUAGACAAUGGAAAAUACUUAAGAAAAAAUACUUAAAAAAAUAGAAUGUGAAUCAAUCGUAUUCUUUGAGGAUAAUGUUAUUUGUUUGGAAAAACAAAAUAGUAAUUCUUAAGGUAAUUAAUGUAAGCUAAUAAACUUCGUAAUUAAAUUAUUAACCCUAUACCUAAUGUAAGGAUUUUUUCAUGUACUUGAUUAUUUAAUUGGAUUUAUCCUAUCAUGUUUUAUCAUUGCGUUGUAUACAUUUAAGAGAAUUUUACCGUUUUCGAGAUACUCGUCUAACCUAAACUUAAAAAAGUUUUAAAUUGUGUAUUAAUAAAAUUGUUACAAUGUUUUGUUUUAGCGAUAAAUUAUGCACUUUUUAGUAUCAUUUUUCCGUACUCUUUUCGGAUGUGUUUUUAGUUUUUAAUCCUCAAGAAUUACAUCAUUCAUUGAACUGCAUUAUUAUGAUCUUUGUUUCUUGUUAUGUAAAAUCUUUCUCGAAUAUUGGGAAUUUGUUGACUUUUUUUUUGUCAUGAUAAUGUAGUUCGAUACGAACAUGACUAUAUUUAAUACUUGUAGAUCGAUGUGACCAAAUGUAUUGAAAUAAAAGUCGUUAAACUUG